AUGGACAUCGACCACCGUCGGAGCAAGCGGCAGCUGGAAGCAGCCUUGCGAGCCGAUGCCUCGGGCUGCGAUGUCACGCCGGUCCGCAAGGUGCGAAAGACAAACAGUGUGACACCGCCAGCGCCGAGGAAAGGGAUCCUGGGAAAGCCAAGGGAUCAGGGUUCCACGCAACUCAUCAGGUUGCCCCCGGCAGAGAGUGCGGACAAGCCAGAGGCCGAGGAGCACGCAGCCGAGGCCGAGCCGGUCAAGCCCCGGAAGCGCAAAGUGCAGUUGCAGAGCAAACGAGACAUACCGGUGGUGAAGACCAAGCAGUACUUGGCCAAUCGUGGUGUUACAUGGCCCGCAUGGAGACGCGCACACCUGGACUGCAGCAGAAUUCCGGGUUCGUGGCUUUGCGAGCAUGCCGACGGCAAGUACAACACUGGCUUCGUCCAGCUCCAAGAGCGACUCGUGGAGGAACUUGACAUCCAGUGCAAAGCCUGCCAGACGAUCUUGGACAAGUGCGGUGUCGAAUUGCAAGACUUGAAGGCCUUCCUCUUAGCAGACGCACCGGAGACGAGGUUCAAGCCUGUGCAGGGCGCUGCAGCAGAGCAAGUCGUCGACCUGGACACUGCUCAUGGAGCAGAGCAGCAGAUCGCAAUCCCGGCAAACGCGCCGCUCAGCUUGGAAGCCAAACGACGCAUGCGGCAGCAACUACCGCAGGACCUGUGCCAGGACCCCCGGCAGUUUCAUGUCAUGUACUCCGAGGAGCUUCAGCUGCUGGCCCCUGGACAGUGGGGCAAGAAGCUGCCGGUGAAGUGUUUGAUUUGCCGGCGUGUUCGGAAGGGUGAUGUCGUCUUUGAUCAAGGUGACGCGAGGAAGACCAAGUAUCUUUGGCAACAUGUGCUCUCGGCCGGCCACAUCAAUGCCCAAGAGGUACGCUCUGUCAGCCAUUCCGGAGGCAGUGCGGCUGUAACUCGUUCACUAAGACCACCUCCCAACAAUUGGUUCCGAAUGAGGUACGCUCAUUUGGCGAACUUGAACGACACGGCGCACGACGGGCACACGUACACUUUGGACUGCAAGACAGACGAUGUCAGCAUACGCCACAAGAACUGCUGCAAACGGGCUCUGUCCGAAGAAAUGUAUGGGUCAGAUUCAUGGAGGCUUUGCAAGAUGUGCCACGCCCUGGGGAGCGACAGAAACAUUCGCAAGUCCGUGCUGAAGAUGGAGUUCCGCCUCUUGGCAGUGCGACUCUUGCAAGCACGCUUUGGCCAUGGCCCAACCCCGGAUGAGGUCCUGGAGAUAGCCCAGAAGAAAGAGACAUGGCCGCAGCUACAGGAGUCUUUGGAAGAGCUCUGGCGACUGGACCUUGCAGAGCUCCUCCGUGUGCACUUUCCAACGUCUGUGGAGAGGCUGAGCCAGGCCAUGCAAGAGCUUCAUGCAAUGUCGGUAGCUCCUCUGCUGGCCUUGCCCGUGCACGCCAGUGCAAGCCGGAGCAUGGCAGAGACGCAGCUGGUGGCGCGAAGCCUGAAAGACAGAGAUCUGGUGAGUGUGUCCGAGACCUCGCUCAAAAUCGCUGCGAAAGCACAUUCUGGAACAUUGGAGGAGCAUCCGAUGGUGCAAGGCUUGCUGCUUGCUGUCCUAGAGCGCGCUGAACGCAACUCCAGAGGUGUGCCCUCGAUGCGUCACUUCCAACGCAGCGUUGCAGAAGAUGCCUUCUAUAGUGAAGCCUGCUUGGCGUUGGCGCUAGCGGGUGGAAACCAGAAAGUCUUUCAGCUCUUGGGUCUGAGUUGGGCACAAGUUCGCAUGCCGCUUACCAGCUUGCGUUCGCAGUCGCUGCCGGAUCCUUUCUGUGCCUACAAGUCGGAGGAGGUCCUGUCCAUCAAUGCCAGGCUCUUGAAAGAUGCCUUGCCCCCGCCGCCUGACCUCGACGUGGCCCGCUACCUCGUGGUGUCGUUCGACAACACGUACACCCAGCAAUCGCUGCUUCCUCUGGCUACGCGGAUGGGCCGUGGAUUGGUAGGCGGUUGCUUCAGCUUGACGGAGGACGAUGACAGGUGUUUCAUGAACAUUGCCCAGGACAGAGAAGAUGAGGUCUGGGAUGUCAAGAAGAUUCAGAGGGCGACCCAAAUGCUCGAGUUCCUGGCAUGGCACCCUACGGCAGGGCCCUCCUUCUCGGCUUGUGCCGUACCGAAUGCACACUGCGACAAGCAACAGAUGUUCCAAUUGGUUGGCCGCGUGAUGGAUGGUUUGAAGAGCGUCCGCUUCAUCUGCUCAGACAAUGCGCUGGAGCAUGUGUGGGUCAAGUCUUUCCUUCUGGGCCAGGACCCGCCCGUGCCAGAGCAUGUGCUGCAGGAGACAAGAUUUUUCAGAGACAUUACUUUUCGACCGCUUCCGAUGCACAGCCUGCCUCGGUUUCCCUUCAAAGGCGCAGUUCUGGAUAGUGAAACAAUUCACUAUCUGCCUGGCCCAGCGCAUGUCCAGAAGAACUGGACUCAGCAGGUGCGCGCAUGGAACCGAGCUCUUCAUUUCGGAAGGCUCCCAGUCGAUCACUCUUGCUUGUCGGAGCUGGGGCUGCCCCCAGCCCCGUUUUCAGGCUGUGAUCCUCAGUCCGACACAGAAGCCUGCAUGUUGCUGGACCCUUACUAUUGCGCAACGAACAUAGAGGCCGCAACUGUGCAGGUGCCAUGGUCGCUCUUCGGGUUCCUUUCCUUGAACGCCACUACGGCAAUGGCCUCCGCAUCUCUUCUCCACAGUUCCAUGCCAUCCAGCGACCGUUGCUACAAUGCGCUGUCUUCUUACGUACUUCUGGAUUUGGCUACCAUGUACCGCGACGACGCGUCUCAGAUUUCCGGGCAGCCCGCGGACCUUUGCUUUCUGCACACCACGACCGUGAAGAAUCUGCAACAGUUGUGCGGCUCCGCCGUGCUGCUGUGCUUGGGAGCGCCGGCUGGCUUCACCGUCAAGCGGACAAGAUUGUCCGAAAUCCGGAUCGAGCAGUACUUCUCCUUGCUCCGGCGUCAGUUCAGCAACUCGCAAAUGAGCAUUCGAGAUUAUGUCCUCGCAUCAGCUCGGCAGCAUCGCCGGCACCUCCAAGAAGUCCGCCGAGGCCAAGCAACGCAGGCCGAUGUUGGGGAGGCAUUGCAUCCGCUGAGCGCCGAGGAGUUCAGCACAAUCUCGCAGCAUGCCUUGCAGUCUUCGAUGGAAUUCUUCUCUCUUUGCACGGGGGAGCCCGACGAUUUCACGAACUUCACGGAGCUCGAGGACGAUGUGGAGCCACAAGAAGAUGUGUUGCCGGGUGGCACGGCAGCCGACAAGGCGGCAUUGGAGUUGGCAACUCAGCUGCGUGCCAGGGAAAGCCUCGACAAGGAGGACCCGGUUGCCCCUCCAGGACCCGUUCCCGCAGAGUGCUCCCGGAAAGACGUGCCGGACAAGCAGCAGCUGCUGGAUUUGUGCACCAGCGACGCAGCUCUUCCGAUUGCUGCUGCGAAGGGUGACCCGAGCACCUUGAAGGGAGUGCUGGAGCAGGCGACCCGAAGAUUGGGCCACGUGCCGACCGAGUUCGCUCACAUCUCCACGGAGUUGUGGCAGCUGCUCCGUCACCUGCGUGCUUUUCCACACGGCUGCGAUGCUCUCCACCUGAAGCACAAGCCGCCCACAGAGAAAAUUCGCAAGCUCAAUUGGCAUCAGUGGAUGGAGAGGGAGGCGGCGCUCUUGAAAGAGUGCCCCAACACCCGGACAGGCCGAUUGGCGAGCUGGCGGUAUCUAGCUAAUAAGGCCUGCAGCACAUUGUCCACCGAGGUCCCGGAGACUAUCGACUCAGGCGACUGCAUCCUCGUGCAAUCCCCGGCUACAGACUGUUGGGUCCCGGCUGUUGUGUUGACAGUGUGGAGAAACGCUAGCAAGCAGAUCCGUCCCAGCCCGUGCCAGUUGCCCAUCAGUUCUCUGCGAGGCUUACGCUGUGUCGAGCUUGCCUGUGUCGGCGACAACACGUAUGAGUGCGGUGCAUUUUCACCAUGCUUCAAGGUGCCUUUGGAGCGCAUUUGCUGCGUGCUUGCCAUCAAGAAGUAUGAUGCUUCCCACCACCGGUUUCGCGUGACAUUGACAACGCCAGCAGCCAGAGCAGUGACGACGUCCAGCAAAGCACCAGUCUUCCCAGAGCGGUUCUUGAAGUGCUCUGCUGCCGCCGACGUCGUGGAGCAGCCGGUGCCGCCAGCAGCGCCGUGCAAAAAGAGCAAUGCCAAGCGCGCCGUGAAAGAAGAGAUCCCCGCUCGAGCAGAGAACUUUACAAGGUUCCAGGCCGGUCACAAGCUGAUUAGGCAGGAGCUCACGAAGUUGCGAGACCUUGAGGACAAGCUCUUUACCGAAGACCCUUCGUUCGACGCUUCGGAUGUUUGCACGCAGGGCUCCGCGCAGCUUUCCUGGUCCCAUGUUUUGGAGUAUGCGCCCGAGUACUUCUCCCGGCACUUCUCCCAGUUCCGCGGCAAGACUUUUGGCAAUGCCAUGUGGGCUUGGAUGGACCGUGCGGCAAGGGAGAUGAAGACCGGCAAGCGAAUGGAGUGGAAAAAACUUCUUGCAGAGCUUCCGCAGAUCUCUGCAGGACUUGA